ACCAUGUCCUCCACCGCCCUGCCCCCCGCCACCGCCCCGCGGAGAGGCCUCGGCAUGUUCGUGUGGACCAACGUGGAGCCUCGCUCCGUGGCCGUGUUCCCCUGGCACUCGCUCGUGCCCUUCCUGGCCCCCUCCCAGCCCGAUGUCUCCCCGCAGCCCCCCCAGGGCCACCAGCCUGUCAAUCACCCGCCGGCAGCCAAUCAGAGCAAAGAGCCCCCCGAAUCUGCCGCCAUUGCCCCCGAGCUGGGGUCGGGGCUGGAACCGGGGCGUUGUGGGGGGGCCACCCGCCCCCAGAGCCCCCCCCCCGCCGCCCCCCCCGUGGCUCCGCCCCCCGCCGCCCCCCCGGGCCCCGAGGAGGAGCCUCCCCUGCCCCCCCGCCUGGACAGCGAGACCGAGAGCGACCACGAUGACGCGUUCCUGUCGAUCGUGGCCCCGGAGCUGCCGCUGCCGCUGGGGCCUGGGAAGCGCCGGACGCAGUCGCUGAGCGCCCUCCCCAAGGACAGGGAUGGGGACAAGGAGGGCCGCAGCCCCAGCAAGCGCGACAAGGACCACAUCCGGCGCCCCAUGAACGCCUUCAUGAUCUUCAGCAAGCGGCACCGGGCCCUGGUUCACCAGCGCCACCCGAACCAGGACAACCGCACGGUCAGCAAGAUCCUGGGCGAGUGGUGGUACGCGCUGGGGCCGCGCGAGAAGCAGCAGUACCACGACCUGGCCUUCCAGGUGAAGGAGGCUCACUUCAAGGCGCACCCCGACUGGAAGUGGUGCAACAAGGACCGCAAGAAGUCGAGCUCCGAGGGGGGGGCGCGGGGGGCCCCCAAAGAGCCCCGCGAACGCAGCGCCUCCGAGAGCGGGCCCGCAGCGCCCCGGCAGGGCUCCUCGGACCCCCCCGAGGCCGCGGCGGGGGCGGGGCCGGCGCCGGGUGGGGGAGGGGCGCAGCGGCCUCGCGCCUUCUCGCACAGCGGAGUCCAGGGGCUGGGGGGGGCCGAGCCCCACGGGCGCCCCCUGCGGGAGCUGGGGCAGCUGGUGUCGGGGCCUCCCCCCCCUCCCCCCGCCCCCCGCCCUGCCCCCGCCUCCCUCCCGCCGCCCCCUCCCCCCUCGUCGCGCGCCCCCCCGCGCCCCCCCCGCGCCGCCAGCGAGGAGAUGACGAGCGACGAGGAGCGAAUGGUGAUCUGCGAGGAGGAGGGCGACGAUGACGUCAUCGCGGAUGAUGGGUUCCCCCCCCCCCCCCCCACCACCACCGACAUCGAUCUCAAGUGCAAGGAGCGCGUCAGCGACAGCGACAGCGACUCCUCGGGGGAUGAGGGCAAGCCCUUCCCCCGGAAGCUGUUCCCUCCGGCGCCUCCCCUCCCCCGCCCCGUCCCGGACCUGGAUCCCCCCCCCGGCCCCUCCGAGCCCCUCCCCCCAAGCCCCGCCCCCUACAAAGGGCCCCCCCCCGCCCCCCCCAAGCGCUUCGAAGGGGGGGCCCCUCCCCCCCCCCGCCGCAAACGGGGGCGCGACCCCCGGUGGGGGAGGGGCGGCUGCUGCGGGGGGAGGGGGUCUCCCCCCGCCCCUCCCCCACCCCACGCUGCGCCCCGGCCCCGCCCCUCCCCCCACCGCGGACCCCAAAAUGGGGGUGGGGGGAGGGGAGCGCAAAGCCCCUCCCCCCCCGGUGGGGGAGGAGCGGGGGGAGGGGUCGUGGCCAACCUGGUGCUGGGGGGCGGCGGGGGGGUGGGGGGAGGGGCUGGAGGUGGCGGAGGGGGAGGGGGGGGCCCGGGCCCCCCCUUGGCUCUUUUGGCCCCUCCCCCCCCGGUGCAGUUCAUUGCGCAGCCCCACGGAGCGGGGGGAGGGGCGGGGGGCGGGGCGGGACCCAACGGGCCCCUCCCCCCGCCGCUGGGGGUCCUGCAGCCCCCCCCCCGCCCCCCCCCCGCAGGGCAAGGGGGCUCCCAUCACGCAGGUUCAGUACAUCCUGCCCACCCUGCCCCUCCCCCACCCCAAGGCCGGGCCCGCCCCUCCCCCCCCCUCCGCCGCUGGGGGCCCUCCCCUCCCCCACCCCCGGGCCGCGGCCCCGCCCCCCAGCAAGGGGGGGCCCCCCAAGGCCCUGCCCCCCCCUUCGUGCAGCCCCCGGUGCUCGGCUUCACCGCGCUGGGGCCGGGGGGGUCGGCGAUCGUCCAGCCCCUGCUGCCCGGCCUGUCCCCGCUGCCCCCCCCAACGCUGCCUCCAGCCUCGGCCGGGCCGGUCCUUGCCGCCAUUUACCCUGGCCCCGCCCCGGGCCCGCCCCUGGCCCCGCCCCCGCCACCGGAUUGGUCUACAGCGUGGCGGGAACCGCUCCUUCCGUGGCCCCGCCCAUCCUGCCCAAGGGAGGACCCGCCCCCAGCCAGGGCAAUGCAGCUUCCCCCCCUCCCGCCCUCCCCGCCCCCCCCUCCCGAAGCCCCCCAAAAGGUCAAAGCCGCCAUCGCCACCAUCCCCAUUGGCUGCUACGAGGGGCCACGCCCCCCGCCGGACCCCCCACGUGGCCCUCCUGACCCUGCCCCUCCCCCACCCCCCCCUCCCCCCUCCCCCCCCAACACCGAGGCCUGGAGCCAACGGGACCCCGGUGAGGAGCCGCCCCCCACCCCCCCCUCGGGGGACACGGGUGCCAAGUGGAGGCCGCCGCCCCCCGAGAGCCGCCCGGAGCCCCCCCCCACCGCUCCUGGCCCCUCCUCCUCCUCUUCCUCCUCCUCCCCCCCCCACCCGGAGGGGCCCCCCCGAAGCUCCGCCCCUCCUCCCCCCCCGCCGGCCCCGCCCCCCCCCGCCGAGGAGCGCAAGGAUGGGGGAGGGGCGGGGAAGAAAGUGAAAGUGCGGCCCCCCCCCCUCAAGAAAACCUUCGACUCCGUUGACAAGGUGCUGUCGGAGGUGGAUUUUGAGGAGCGCUUCGCGGAGCUCCCCGAGUUCCGGCCCGAGGAGGUUCUCCCCUCCCCCACCCUGCAGGCCCUCGCCACCUCCCCCCGCGCCAUCCUGGGCAGCUACCGCAAGAAGCGCAAGAACAGCACCGGUCAGCGGGGGGGGGAGGGGAGGA